CAAUUUAAUUGUCAAUUCAAUAUACAAUAUUCCUCAAUCUCAAAACGUAUUUAUUAUUAUUUAUUUUUAGAGUAAAGUAAAUAAUUAUUAAAUACGACUAAUCAUAAUGGCCGAAAACGUAAAUAUAGAUCUUUCAGGAGAAAUGAAUGCAACAACGGAGAAGAGAGGCUUUCAAAAGUAUGUCAAUGAUAUGGAAUUACUUGUUCAGCAUGUCCGCAGUGGAGCUGGUCCUGCAUUGCUGAUGGGCGUCAUCGCAUCGCGGCGGCCAUGGACACAAUUUGUUGCGACAGACAACUUUAAGGCUCCACCCUCAAUACCGCGACUUUCACGACGAUUUUAUAGAAACAUUGAAUAUUUUCAAGCUAAUUACUUAGUGGUUUUCCUGGGAUUAUUUGCAUAUUGUCUCAUUACAUCUCCUUUGCUGCUAAUAGCUAUGGUAGCGAGUUUUUUCGGAUAUAGAAAACUGACUUCCGGACCUAAUACUUGGAAGAUUGGUAGUUGGGAAUUAACGAAGACACAGCAGUACGGAUUAGCGGCCGCUGGUUCCAUGGCCUUGUGUUGGCUUGCUGGUGCUGGAGCAGUUCUCUUCUGGGUUCUCGGCGCAACUGUGACAGUGGUGGCGCUGCACGCGAGUUUCUUUGACUCGGAGACAUUGCCCGUUACCAACGACUCGGAUCAGUUCCCAAUGAUUGAGCAAGUGUGACAGAGUUACUUACCACUGUUUCUACCGCCACCCGGUCGCAUCUCGACGUCUCACUCACCACCAGUUCCAUAAAAGCCAUAUUACUUAUCUGUUUUCUUUAAUACUUGUUUCUGUGGGUAUCUCACACAGUACCAGGGAAUAUGUAAUAAAUGUAUAUAAUUAAAUAAUUAUUUAUAAACGUAUUAAAAUUGUAAGUAUUGGUAUUUUUUUAGUUCAUUAUUAAUUAAUUCUUGCCGUAGUCAAUUGGAGUCAAAAUGUUGUAGAAAAACAAUUAGACACUGCUCACUAUUAUAUUUUUGAGAAUGUUGAUAGCAUUUUUUAAUUAUAGCUUAAUUGUAAUUUAUAGUACUUAUUAUAUUCUUAUGCAUUAUUGUUUCAAACUCUUAGAUCUUCCAUCUAAUUUUAAUUUCAAAGAUUGUUUGUGCGUGAAAUUUUGAAAAAAAAAUAUAAUAUCUAUUUAAAAUUAUAGGUAAAUAAUGUAUAAACGUAUUUUCUAUCUUAUAAGCUAAAUAUCGAUAAGAUAAUCAUUAUAACACAUUUAAGUCAGCUUUUCACUAACUGCAUUGUGACACUAAUUUAUAUUACAACAGGCUUCAUAUUAUUAUAGUCUCGAAAUAUAUCAAACGUGAAUAAUCAAUAGAGAAAGCCACUGAAAGUAGGUAAGGCCUGAAUUUAUUUAUUUUGCUAUAUAAUUAAUUACUUAUUUUGGUGUCCUAAUCCAAAACCAUGUUUAAUUUCUAAUUAUAUUUUUUCUGUGCGUAAACAGUAUAUUUAUCGAAAUUUGUAAUUCAAAAUAAGGAUGAGUUGGUAAGUUAAUUAUAAAACAAUAUGUAAUGAUGUGGUAUUUACUUCUAAAAACGGGAAGUUAUAUUAAACUAUUUAAAAUUAGAGAUUAAAAUAUUAAUGUUGUAUGCCGAAAUUACUUGAAAUUAGUUCAGGGUGAUUGAGUAAUUAAUAUACUAGUUUAAUCUCUCUAUGUGAUUGCAAACUUAUUUCUUAUUACGUAUAUCUUGUACAUACUGUAAAAUGUAUACAUAUAAAAAUUUUGAUACUUACUUGUUUUAAAACACUGUUUUCGUCAAUGACAUGUAUAUAAAUAGUU